GAUAGAUAGAUAGAUAGAUAGAUAGAUAGAUAGAUAGAUAGAUAGAUAGAUAGAUAGAUAGGACCACAUUGAAUCUGAUGCCGUUACUCCACAUAAUAUUACUUACUUUGUUCUCAUCGACACAGCGACAUAAAUUCAUCAUUGAGAGCAGCACCAGCAAAAAGAAGCACAUCUUUCUGACCGAAAAGUCAAAAGUUGCCAAAUACCUGUGCGACCUCUGCUCUGCACAGCACAAGUUUCACAAGGAGAUGAGCUCCCGCCAGCUCACACGCAGCCUCGCUUCAGAGGAGAGUAUGGUGCAGUAUGCAGCCGUGUGCAGGACUCAGAACGACGAGCACAACGGCGGACGCCUCGACGCCUCCAUGAGCAGAUUCUGUGAGGACGUCGCUUCCCGCAUCGAAGCAAAGAUCAAACAACAAAGAGACUUUCUAGACCACACAGGGUGAGGACAAACGGCACAGAUCACACGUAGCCACUAUAAUCAUGACCACGUCUGUG